GAGGCACUACGGUUUGUCGUAAUAGUGAUGAUAAUUGGCAUACUUUUCUCUCUGCACCUAACAGCGCCCAGUAGAUGUGCAAGAAAUAUUUGGUGGUUGAACGAAUGAAUGGCAAACAGUAUGAAGGAAGGGGAAAUACUCUAGUGUAUAAAUUGUUGAGUUCCUGUUUUUGUUAAGGGAAAGACAAGAGAGCGUGUUUCAGAUUACUGUUGAAAAUUGCCGUGAAGAUGGGUAUCUGUACAGGGUGUUACUUGCUGGAGCGGCCUUGAGAUUUGAUUCUGUGAUUGUAUGCUGUUCUAGCCACCUGCAGCCUCCGGGCAGCCGUUGGUGCCCCGGUCAGGUGCAGCUUCGCAGACUUGCUCCUGCAGCCUUCUCUGGCUAGACUAACUGAGCAGUUGGAUUGGUAGUCAGUAUUUUUGCUUUAAUUGAAGAACUGGAGCUCUUGGUGAUGGCCUCACCAUUAUCAUUGAUCCUGAUUGUCCUAUCCUUCUCAUCCCUUACAGAGGGUCACGGGAAAGGAGAGCUGUCCCUCCCGGAAGUGCUUCUCCAGCAGCUCCUUAUUCCAAACCUAUAUUAUUUCUCCCUCUUUUCCUUCCUUGAGUUGCCUCUGUGACCCCUAAGGACUAAUGAAUUCAUUAGCACAGACCUGGGGAAUGGAAGACCUUACUUUGCAACUGAAGGCAGCUUCUGACCAGCUUCCGAUGUCAGCCAGACUGCUAGAGGCCUCUAGGAGAGAAUAUAAUGCAGAGAUCUGACUUGUGAUUUUGUCUUUCCUACCCAAAAGCAAAAGAGGAAAGAGAGGCCUAGCACCCGGCUUGAUGAGUCUUGGGGGUGCAGGUGUCAUCCCAGUGUGAGAUAAGAAGUGGAGCCUGAUGCAGAAAAGAGAUAGCUUUGGUGUGUGUCUAGAGGUCUGUCCUUUCUGGCAAGGUGACAGUCCAGUGGAGGGGAGGAUACUAAUUUGGGUACGUGAUAAAAGGAGGUGAGGGCCUAUGAAAUUAGGAACGUGUAACAGAACCAAGUACAGGGGUGAGUCCGUCAUACCAUUCUCUCCAAUGCUUUCUGCCGUAUGUACAUAGCAGUGCCUCCCUUAUCUUAUUUGUUUAGGGAAUAAGUCUUAUCUGUGAAGAUUCUUGUUUUCUACUUACUGUGGGGAAAUUUUUAUAAUGUGUUCUGUGCUUUGUUUGCUUUUUAAACAGUAUAGUUUCGUGUUUCUUUUAUUGACUUGAGGUUGUGGUACUGGCAUCCGUUACUGACCAUGAUGGAGCCGGGCUUCGAAGCGAUUGAGAUACAUAUGUUUGCCGUCCUCUGCUUUUUGAAUUCCUGACUCUGCCUUUAAUAGCCUGCCUCUUCUUUCACAGGGGGGAAGUCGUGCUUUUGUUGUUGUUCGUGUCCCUGCCGCCCUCUUUUACAUUAGCGGCUUCUGGUCUUCUGCGGAGUAGCAGCCCCGGUAACUCUGCUUCCCGAUGGGACAUGAAGCAGCCAGGAAUUGUGGGAGGCGCUCCUGUGAAGAAAUGGACCAGUGUGCGUAAUCAUGGAAUCUCCUUGCUAACCUGCUCUCCUUGAGAAGUGAGAGAGUGGGUCGGGGAGAAGGAAAAGAGGUCAACAUGAAGCUAAAGCAGCGAGUCGUGCUGUUAGCAAUUCUUCUUGUCAUCUUUAUCUUCACCAAAGUUUUCCUGAUUGACAACUUAGACACAUCAGCAGCAAACCGAGAGGACCAGAGGGCUUUUCACAGAAUGAUGGCUGGCUUGCGGGUAGAGCUGGUGCCCAAGCUGGACCACACCUUGCAGUCUCCCUGGGAGAUUGCAGCCCAGUGGGUGGUUCCACGGGAAGUGUACCCAGAAGAGACACCAGAGCUGGGGGCGAUCAUGCAUGCCAUGGCCACCAAGAAGAUCAUUAAAGCUGAUGUGGGUUAUAAAGGGACACAACUGAAAGCCUUACUGAUACUUGAAGGAGGACAGAAAGUCGUCUUCAAACCUAAGCGGUAUAACCGAGACUAUGUGGUAGAAGGGGAGCCGUAUGCUGGCUAUGAUAGACACAAUGCAGAGGUAGCAGCCUUUCAUUUGGACAGGAUCCUGGGUUUCCGCCGAGCGCCCUUAGUGGUUGGCAGAUUUGUUAAUCUGCGGACAGAGAUCAAGCCUGUUGCCACGGAGCAGCUGUUGAGCACCUUCCUAACCGUAGGAAAUAAUACUUGUUUCUACGGGAAGUGUUACUACUGCCGAGAAACGGAGCCAGCUUGUGCCGAUGGAGACACAAUGGAGGGGUCUGUCACGCUGUGGCUUCCGGAUGUGUGGCCUCUGCAGAAACACCGACACCCGUGGGGCAGGACUUACCGAGAGGGCAAACUGGCCAGGUGGGAGUACGACGAGAGCUACUGCGACGCCGUGAAGAAAACGUCCCCUUACGACUCCGGCCCGCGCCUCCUGGAUAUCAUCGACACCGCAGUCUUCGAUUACCUGAUCGGCAACGCUGACCGGCAUCACUAUGAGAGUUUUCAAGACGACGAAGGCGCUAGCAUGCUCAUCCUUCUCGAUAAUGCCAAAAGCUUUGGGAACCCAUCACUGGAUGAGAGAAGCAUUCUUGCCCCCCUCUAUCAGUGUUGCAUCAUUCGGGUUUCUACCUGGAACAGACUGAACUACCUAAAGAAUGGUGUGCUGAAGUCUGCCUUAAAAUCCGCCAUGGCCCAUGACCCCAUCUCCCCCGUGCUGUCUGAGCCUCACCUGGACGCCGUGGACCAGCGGCUCCUGAGCGUCCUGGCCACCGUGAAGCAGUGCACUGACCAGUUUGGGGCGGACGCUGUGCUGGUGGAAGACAGGAUGCCUCUUUCCCACUUGUAAUUCGCCACACAAAAUAAGUGAAACUACUUUUUACAAAGCUAGAGAAACAGCACAAUCACUUCCAAAUGGUAUGCGAUGGAUUGGAAACGGCCAGCGGCAAGCUCUGGGUGACAGGGGACAGGGUGGCCUUGGAUUCCUUUGGUGAUUUCUGUAGGAGAAACUAAAGCAGAGACGACAGGUUGCAGACCCCAGGAGCCUUCCUGCCAGACCACCCGACCCCCUCGGCAUCUGCGCACCCCCGCGGUGGGCCUCCUGCUUGGUCCGUCCUAACUCACGUGCCAAAGGGUGGAUCGAGGUGUGGCGCCUGGAUGGGUUAAUGCUGGGGUUGAUUCUGGAGCGUGUAGUUCGAGUUCAUCUUCUAAUCCUUUCUCCACACCUGUGGAUUUUCUGAGAACACUUUGUAAUCUCUUGAGUCCUUUUGUAACCAGGACUAGUCCAGUUGGGAGUUUUCCUGCCUCCUGAGGAGUAGCAGCCAGUAAGACCUGGCGUUCUGUUGAGCCCAAAUAGCAUGCUCUCCUGGGAGGGAUAUGUUUUUAGGAUAGAAUUAGUGGGAAAGACAAAGGCGGGAAAGACGCUCGGGCUCCUUCCUAAGUGAUUGGGUGGUAGUGUUCUUCGGGAUAGUUUAGAGGAGGGAAGAAGGGGCAGAACCAGAAUCGGAGAAGCCCCUCUGGCAGGUGCGUAAACGCAGACGUGACUCGAACCUCAGCGAGACCCGCAUUCCCACAGUGGUGUCCCAGUUAACCCGGAAGUUGUCCAAGUGUGAUU